GCCAUGGCUGCCGAGGACUCCAGUGCCCUGCCCUGGUCCAUCGACAGGGAUGACUACGAGCUGCAGGAGGUGAUUGGCAGCGGAGCGACGGCGGUGGUACAGGCGGCCUAUUGCAGCCCGAAGAAAGAGAAGGUGGCGAUAAAGCGGAUCAACCUCGAAAAAUGUCAGACCAGUAUGGAUGAACUCCUGAAAGAAAUCCAAGCUAUGAGUCAGUGCCACCAUCCGAACAUUGUAUCUUAUUAUACAUCGUUUGUAGUGAAAGACGAACUCUGGUUAGUGAUGAAGCUUCUUAGCGGAGGCUCAGUUCUGGAUGUCAUUAAACAUAUUGUGGCAAAAGGAGAACACAAGAACGGAGUACUGGAUGAGGCGACAAUAGCCACGAUCCUGAGAGAGGUAUUGGAAGGGCUGGAAUACCUGCAUAAAAACGGACAGAUCCACAGGGACGUGAAAGCUGGAAAUAUUCUUCUGGGAGAAGAUGGCUCAGUCCAGAUCGCAGAUUUUGGUGUUAGUGCUUUUUUAGCCACCGGCGGUGAUAUUACCCGAAAUAAAGUGAGAAAAACAUUUGUGGGCACGCCUUGCUGGAUGGCACCUGAAGUUAUGGAGCAGGUGAGAGGCUAUGAUUUCAAGGCGGACAUCUGGAGUUUUGGCAUCACGGCGAUUGAGCUUGCUACGGGGGCGGCGCCUUACCACAAAUACCCCCCCAUGAAGGUCUUAAUGUUGACGCUACAAAAUGACCCCCCCUCGCUCGAGACGGGGGUGCAGGAUAAGGAGAUGCUGAAGAAGUAUGGGAAGUCGUUCCGGAAGAUGAUUUCGUCAUGCCUGCAGAAAGACCCCGAAAAAAGGCCCACAGCAGCUGAACUCCUAAGACACAAAUUUUUCCAGAAAGCCAAGAACAAAGAAUUUUUACAAGAAAAAAUGUUGCAGAGAGCCCCGACAAUCACCGAAAGAGCCAAAAAGGUCCGGAGAGUCCCGGGUUCCAGCGGGCGUCUACACAAGACGGAGGACGGCGGCUGGGAGUGGAGUGACGAUGAACUCGACGAAGAAAGCGAAGAGGGCAAAGCGGCGAUCUCACAGCUCAGGUCUCCCAGGGUUAAAGAAUCUUCUCAUAAUUCAGAGCUCUUUCCAUCAGCCGAGCCUACUGGCCCAUUGCUCAACAUCCCUGCCCAGGCUCCCGCUCAACUACCUCAGCCCGCAGGACAAGCUCCUGCACAGCCACCUCCAGCGGUCUUCCUUCCGGCUCCUCAGGCACCUGCCUCAGCUCUUCCGGCAGUACAGGCACCUUUGGCCCCUGCAGUGGCAGCCCCCACACAAGAAGAUACGAAAGUUCCCAUCAGCCUCGUUCUAAGGUUAAGGAAUUCAAAGAAAGAACUCAAUGACAUUCGAUUUGAAUUCACCCCUGGAAGAGAUACUGCUGAUGGUGUAUCCCAAGAACUCAUCUCGGCUGGGCUUGUGGACGGCAGAGACUUAGUAAUAGUUGCGGCCAACUUACAGAAAAUCGUGGAAGAGCCCCAGACGAACCGGUCUGUCACUUUCAAGCUGGCAUCUGGCGUCGAAGGCUCGGACAUCCCCGACGACAGCAAACUCAUUGGCUUUGCCCAGCUCAGCAUCAACUAAGAUGACACUCCCAGACGAUGGUCCCCGCGGGCGCGGCUUUUGAACGCUUCUCUUGGCCUAAAAGCAAAACCACUACUGCCAAAGAACCAGACUACAGGCCCCUCCCUUGGGAGCGUUGACCUUCCUUCUU